UAUUGUCUAAUAACAAAUAAUAUUUAGAUACAAUUCGAAAACGUAUAAUUUCGGGAUUAAUACAGGCUUUUCAACGCGCAACUCGUUUCCAUGGUAGCGGUCACAGCGUUGGGUCCUAGAGGGGUCCUAUUCGAUAAACUGUCGCAUUCUCUCGCCAAUAUUUAGAAAUUGUUGCUGUCACAACAGAUAAUCAACCUAAAACUCCAGAACCCCACUACCCCGCUUUAUAACAGAGGUGGACGGUCGCUUUGCUACCAUAUUUCCUUACCUUACCUUAAUUCCGAGGUAUUUUUUUUUGCCAAACAUCAUCAUCCGCUGAAAGCUGCGAGCGAGCUGCACUGGCUUUGCAUUUGUUGGACUACAAACGUCAAAUGUGACGUCAUCUCCUGCAGCCACGUUUGACAAAUAUUCAAAACUGUUGGCGGCUUCCACGACAAUACACUUGUUCCAGGUGAAACUAGCUGACUGCUGUGUUCACUGCAAUGGCUCCUCUCAAAUUUGUCAUUAAGUGUGGGAACUUUGCUGUGCUGGUGGAUCUCCACGUUCUGCCCCUGGGCGGCCAAGAGGACGCCAGCUGGUUUACUACGGACCACAUCGAGGAGGUCACAGCCCUGGUUCAAGAUGCUGUGGACCAGAGGGUUAAGCAGUACAUACAGUCCCGCCACAAUAGAAGACAGCCCAAACAGAAGAAGGAGCUGGCACCUGCUUCAGCCUUUUUUGUGAAAGGGAAAAACUUCAACCUGGUUGCCAAUUUUCUGAAGCGGCACUUCAACCUCAGAUGUAUUGUCAAGCAGCUUUAUGGGGAUUUGCGUGUGUUUCCUGAACGCUAUGUUGUGUGUGUUAGCUGUCCAGAGGAUGCCUCAGUGCACCAUGGAAACCCGAGCCUGGCCGCGACUGAGCUGAGCGAACAAAGCAGAUCAGAAUAUUUUUCCAGAGUGGGAGAAACCCAAGAGCCUUUAAACAGCCCCACAAAAACAAAGAAGACUGUGCUUCAAAAGAUAGCCAAACAAGCUAGUGUCCAGCGAGAGCUCUGUGGUUCCAGUAUGGGAGGGCAGCAGAUUGACCAGAGAGCCUGUCCCAAAACCCAAAGAAGGGAACUUCGAGCUGGAGAGUCCGAUUUAAGCUCAAAAGAGACUACGUCCAGCUCUGGACAGAAGGCCCUCCCAGAGGCAGACCACAAAGUGCCUUGCCCCAGUGCCUUAAAUGAGGCCAUGGCUCAGAUUGUGACUACUCAAAAGCAGGGCCUGACCCAGGAGCAGCAGAUUGAGCAUAGUCCUCCAGACAGCAUCAACCCAAAUGGAGCCUCAACAUUUUUCUGCCAACAUGAAAUCAGUCAGGAGACGAGCAAGAGCAAGAGGUGCAAGCCGAGUGAUGGAGGGGAAGACCCUCACUCACAGAGGGCCAAGAGGACGUGUCUUGGAAGACCUCCAGCCAUAAUGCAAACUCACUCCACUGAGUGCUCCACACAAACAUCCAAGCAUGACCUUCUUCCUCUGCCGCCCCUUCCUCCAGUAGAAGCCAAGGCAGAGUCCGAGGCUUUCCCAGUCUCCGAGUGCAAGAAAACCACACUGGAAGUAGAGCUGCUUACUCUAGGGAAACGGGCCCAGAGGCUCCCCCUCACAAGCAAUAACACGGCACAGACAAACCAAAACAGGCUGGCCGCAAGUCUGAGGGGCCUAUCUGUCAAGCCUGCAUCCUCAGGCUCCUCUAUUAGUUCCAGAUCCACACUCGGAGAGGAGGGGAGUAAAAAUGUGCCCAGAACCUCUAGAUUACGACGACUGAAGAGGUCCUGAGGGGGAGAGACAAGCUACAGUAAAGAUGCCUGACGCCACAGAGAUAGAGAUGAUAUUGUGUCAGGCUACAUGUUUACCCCAUGCAGUCUCCUCAGAUGUCAUGCAUUUGAAUAUGUGUCACAUUUUACUACAAUAUCCAUUCUUUUCACAUGUACCGUACACACACACACACACAAACACACAGAUCAAAUGCUGAACAUAUUAUGGCAAUUGAUACAUGAGCGUUUGAGUUACGCUUUGUCAAAUACUUGAAACAGACUUUGCCUCCACCCAUAAGUAGCAGUGGUCAAGAGAGGCUCGCAAAUGAAAGUCAAAAACCUUUAAUUGGAGUUUAGAUUUGGUUUUGUGUUAAAGAUUGGGGAUUUCAGACAGGCAGGAGCCAUGCAGUACGUCAUGGCUUUCAGUCUGAAAUACUGGCUCCUACGUGUCUGAAAACUGUCCAGUUUCCCCACUGAAGCUCUGGUGUGAUUGAUUGCUGUUUCCAGAUUUAUUUCAUCACCUCAUUCUCAAAAAUGUAUUUUUGUAGCUAGAUUACAUUCAUGUACAAUUUGCUCAAUACUUAGUUGCUAAGCACCUAAAAUGUAUCUUUAAAUUUGAGGGUAUUAUGCAGCUUUUAUAUUGAACUUGAACCAAAUAUGUGUGGGUGUAUCAGCAAUAUUGAAAUAUUAGUGGUUUUAUUUGGGAAUAGCAGGAUGUCUACAGUAUCACAGGUUAAAACGUAGAUGCUGUCGUCGUCCUAACACUCGUCAGGGCUGUUCAUAUCACUCAAUUGGCCCUGACCCUGAGAGAGCAUGGGGCAACUAGGGGCCAAUAGUCACUCAUACCCAUGUAAAGCCCAAGAUGUUCCACUUGAUGACAUAAUGUUGCCUGAAUACAUUACUCCUGAGAUAUUUUUGUUUUACUGGAAAUACAUUUCAUGAUAUAAAUAAAUUUGAUUUUCCCAGGGAAAAAGAAAUCUCUCUGAAUCUUUGUGAAACUAUGCAAAUAGGGUGGUAAUUUUCGGUAAGCAGCCGGCAUGAAAUAACACGUAGAUUUCUGCACAUUGUUUUCCUCACACGCAGUCCAGACAAUUUGACAGUGAGAAAGUCUGUCCAACAACAGUGAUGUUACUAAUAAACCAGGGCUUCUCUGUUCCCAUUCUCCAUCAGUAUUAACGGGUGUAACCUGAGAUGAGUCACUAGCAGAAGCCAAUUCUGUUCUUAUCAAGACAGAGACAAUAUGGUGGAUUGGUGAAACUGACUCUGCUGUUUUCUAAUAUGUUUGAGGUCAUUCUCAAGAGGUGUUGAUAAUCCUUUUACUCCUUCUGCAGAGGAAUAAGUCUUAAAACCAAUUCAACUCUACAAUGUAGACUUCUCAGGCCUGCUGAGAGGUUUGAAAUGUUUUAGUUAAGCCUGCUACUUAAACCAGACUAACAAGGGCAACAUUGUCUGAGGAUCAUGAGGAGCAAGGGUAUUUUUGUCUCCAGGAUUGACUUAUACGAGGAUGGCUUGCUACAACGUAAUUAGCUGUAAACACAUUUGGACAGAGACCUUACUCAAGUCUAUGAUGUCUCUCCAGCAGCAGUUCCCACGCCAGCUGCAUGAGAAACCUUUCAUAUGCUCUGACAUGUUUGGCUUGAUGCAUCACAGACUGACUCUUCACUCGCUCUCCAGAACAAAGACAACUUUAAUUCUCUUUUCAUACAAAAUAUUUAAUAAAUAUGACUUUCAAAAAUAUAUUGCCAGAUCAACACAUAAUUCUCAAGUUCAUAACACAAAGUCAAAAAUAGGACAAAAUGUUGCCAUGAUCUCAAAGGGUUAACAAAUGAGAUAAAACAUGUUUGUCUUUAAGAGCCUCAUUUUUAAAAAGAAACAAAUGUGCGCAGAAACAAAGCAGAGUCUUGCCGAGCAAGGCAGUGUAUUUCAUCUGAUUCUACAGUGUUCCCAUUGCCCCCCUACUGUUCAAGUACUCACGGUCUAGCUUAUGAUAUUAUGCUGACUAAAGCAGAUGGGAAUUCUGGCGUGUCAUACUGAUGUGACUUGGUGGAUUUUGACAGCCUUUGAAAUGUGUCAAUGGGUUAAACUGAAGCUGCUGAAGGAUUUUUGUUCCCUUAAGUAUUAAUCCAUUAGCGGCAAGCAAUAUGUCUGCCACAAUGUCCGUCCCUCGCAGCAGCCGUGAUCUUUUGUUGUCCUAACCUCACUUGCCUUCAAUCAAGGUCCUGGCAACAAAUAAUGAAAUGUCAAAUGUGUGGAAAAACAACUAACAAGUGCCCAUCCUUUGUCUUCUUUGAAAUUUGGCUUUUAUAGAAUGCGUUGAAAAAAGUCAUUGAAAGAAAUGGUAGGCUUCCACAGCUAUCAAAACCUUCAAACUAGACAGAACAUAUAAAUAAAAAGGAAUGAUAUCUUAAGGCUCUUGAUUAUUAAGUUAAUAAAUCAAAUAUACACAAUGAUUAAUAAAAAAAUUUACAUAUCUACAUGUUCUAAAUUGACAUAAAUUCUUCAUAUUGGCAGCAACUGCUGACAUUGAACCCUUCCCUCCCCUCCCUACCCCCAAAAUAAAAAUAAAUAAUAAAGUUGAUCUUUUUUCUCAUUUGACAGUUGCUGAAGUCUAAAGCUGAAAAGGCACUUUCUCCAAACAGAACUAGAAAGAAUUCAAACACAUACUAAAAAUAAUUAGCUCUAGUGUUGAACACGUCGGGUAUUUUUAGUCAUUGUACAACAAUUACACCAGGAGCCCCUUCCAUGUGUCCACUAAAUUUAAAAAAAGAAAAAUGAAA